CUCUAUUCAUUUACAGCACCAAAUCAAACGAGCUCAACCCAGCUUCUUCUUCUCCGUCGACCAGCUUCUUCUUCUCCUUUCCUCACCCACAGCGCCACCGCCGGCUACCCUAACCGCCGCAGCUACCUUCUCCUUCUUCUCCUCUUCUUCUCCUCUUCUUCUUCUCCUUCUUCUCCAUCAUCUCCUCCAGUCAAUGCUGCGGCUACCUUUGCGCAAGCCCUAGCUCCGUGGUGACCAAAAUCGGUUCCACCGUCAGCCGCAGUUCCACCUCUCUCUUUCCCCCCUGUUCGAACUUUCUGUCAAGGGGAGGGGAGGCUGUAGAGAUGACUACUGACUAUGAACCUAAUACUGAGUAGGGCAGCAUUGAGAACAGAGGUGGCUUUGUCUCAAACAUGCCAGGAACUUGAGUUUCGUAUGCUGUGAUAUUAGUAGAAGAUCUAAGAAGGAGAAAUGCUUCAUGGAAGAAGAGAUUGAUAACCAUACAAAUCUUUGGUAUUGAUUGGUUGUUCAGCAGAGAUGGUAAUAAAAACAGUUGAAUUGCUGAAAGGCUUUGCAUCUCAUGAAGAGAUUAUGGAGAUUCUUGCCACAGUGGCUGCAGAUUUGGGGGAUGUCAUCGAUUUCCAUGUGAUCAGAACUCGAACUGAAACCUGUAGGAAAAAGGUGAAAAGCUUGGAGCAUAUGAACGGAAAUCUCCUUCUUGAACUUGUUCAAGAAGAAUUCAUGCACAUAUGGCUGAUGGAUGCUGAUUCAUGUCCAUUUUUUAAGAAAGAAUUCAGUUAAUCUUUCUGUAAUAUAUGUAAAAUUGUGUAAAAUUUAGUAUGGUUGAAUAAUAUACUGAGGAUUAUAGUUGAUA